CUUACCAUUUACUGAGCUCUCCGAUAGAGGCAACGCCGUGAGACAGACAAAGGACGCGAUAACAUGGCGAAUAAGGUGGCUUGUUUGUCCCCGGCUUUGGCUCCAACCUAUUCUCCGAUAACUUUUAAUCGAAAGCCAAUCAAUUUCCACAAGCCGCAUCUUCUCUCCUACAAGCGAAACCCUGUAUCUGCUCUUCAACACAGGUCAAGAACUGUUCGAGUGGUAGCACGCAAGCAAAGGAAUCGGUUGUUUUCUGUUUUUGGGUCUCUCACUGAUGAUGAUUCCGAGUUAAACCCAGAAGAGGAGGGACAGGUUGCUUCUGUAGAUAUUAAGCUGCCAAGGAGAAGUUUGCAAGUGGAGUUCAGCUGCAACUCAUGCGGAGAGAGAACUAAACGGCUUAUCAAUCGUUUGGCUUAUGAGCGUGGCCUUGUCUUUGUCCAGUGUGGAGGAUGUCUUAAGCAUCAUAAACUGGUUGACAAUCUUGGUUUCAUUGUUGAGUAUGACUUCCGCAAAGAAACCUCCAAGGAUUCAACUACUGAUCAAAUUUGAUUUGUUUUUUUCUUUCUUUCUUUCUUCUUCUUAGAUAUGAUUAGAAAUAACAUAUUUUCCGCAAAUAAUAGAGAAAAAAAUGUAUUAUUUUUUUUUAA